AUGAGCCCGCUACCAACUUCUCUACGCAUUGCCUCCGUGUCUGGGUCAGUGACUGAUCGCCGACAUGCUUUCGCGGAGGUUGCAAGAAACGAGGAUGUGCAGUAUAUUGUGGGUGACUGGAUGUCAGAGUACAACAUGACUAUGCGUGGUGGUGCUAAAAGCAACCCGCAAAGCGAUAACGCGGAAUUUGAGACCUCAUUUAUGGAAGCCAUCGAGCCAGCGCUGGAAGCACUAGCCCGACGCCGUAUUAAAGUUGCCGUCAAUGCGGGCGCGAGCGACCCGGAAAAGCUUCAUGACGAGCUCACACACGUCAUUAUGUCUCAGGGCCUGGAUCUCAAAGUCGCAUGGAUUAGUGGCGAUGAAGUUUUGAAUCAAGUCCAGAAGGCUAUCCAAUCCGGCGAUCCGCUGGUGAACCUGACGACUGGUAAAAAGAUUUCCGAAUGGGGAUUCACUCCCAUCUAUGCUCAGUGUUACCUUGGCUGCUGGGGCAUCGUGGAGGCCUUGAAUCAUGGCGCCGAUAUAGUUCUCUGCGGACGUGUGACCGAUGCUUCACCAGCCAUGGCGUGUGCCGCUCAUCAUUUCUCAUGGCAACGGACCAGCUACGACAAGCUUGCUCACGCAUUUGUGGCUGCACAUUUGAUUGAAUGCUCUACAUACGUGACGGGAGGAAACUUUUCCGGGUUCAAAUCACUUCACGGAAAGUAUCUGGACAUUGCAUUUCCCGUAGCCGAGAUCAGCCCCAGCGGACGCUUCGUCAUAACUAAGUCUGCCGGAGAGGGUAUGGUCACUGUCGACACCUGCAAAGCCCAGCUGCUAUACGAGAUUCAAGGGCCUUACUAUUAUAACCCUGAUGUUGUCGCUGUUCUCGAUGGGAUUGUCAUGGAGCAGGAAGGACCGGAUCGGGUCUCCGUUUCUCAGGUCAAGUCAGUGAGACCACCGCCAACGACAAAAGUAGGCAUCACGGCAAACGGUGGUUAUCAAGCGGAGGCCCAUUAUUUCUUAUGCGGACUGGACACUGCUGAAAAGGCAGCAAUGAUUGAGCGACAGGUUAGAAAUCUGCUGGAUGAAUCUUCGUUCCAUACACUCAAGUUCCGUUGCAAUGGUUCAUGCCCACCUGAUCCAGCAAACCAAGAUGCUGCAACUGUCGACUUCCGCAUUUUCGCGCAGGCACGUGAUGAAUCUGCUCUCUCGUUGCAUAAAUUCUUCAGACCAUGCUCCGACACCAUCAUGCAGUCCUACCCUGGUGCAACGUUUGCUGUGGAUGCCCGACAGGCGUUGCCAAAACCUUACUACGAGUAUUUUGUGACUGUGCUGCCCCAGGACCAAGUCAACCACAUUUGUCACUUACCUUUUAAGGACACAUUUAUACCUAUCAACCCUCCCCUGGAUACGGUGCCAUUCCUGUACGAGCAGCCAUCCUUCGAAACAGAAAAUCCGGUAGACCUAUCGACCUUUGGUCCGACCACACGAGGGCCGAUAGGAUGGAUUGUUCAUGCUCGCUCAGGGGACAAGGGCUCGGAUUGCAAUGUUGGCUUCUUUGUACGCCAUUCCGAUGAGUGGGACUGGCUACGGUCUGCGUUGACUAUCGACAUGGUUCGAAAACUUCUCGGUCAGGACGACGAGGCGAGGCCAAUCUUUCGGUUCGAGUUGCCACACCUGUGGUCUGUGCACUUUUUGCUGAAAGAUCAUUUAGACCGUGGUGUGUCUUCAAGUUCGACCUAUGAUGUCCUGGGUAAGAACCUUGCUGAGUACCUACGGUGCAAAUUUGUGGACAUUCCGAACAAGUUCUUGGAGCGUGGGAAGAUCUAG